AUGAUGGCGCUGACACGAUUGUUCCUCGUAGCUACUCUACCUUCGCUGGCUCUUGCAGUCUCCCCAUCCCUCUACGAUACUUACGACUUCAACCCGCUCGAGCACCUUGCCGGCAUCGCUCCGUAUUUUGAACCCAAUGAUCCUCCUCGGAGUCCUAGUCCUCCAGAUGGCUGCACCGUUACCAAAGCUGCAUAUCUCGUGCGGCAUGCUGCAAUCAAUGCGAAUGAUUUCGAUCUUGAAUCCUAUAUCUCGCCGUUUUUAUCUAAGCUGAAGAACCAUACCAACGUCCACUGGGGUGAUCUGCCUUCUCUGGCUUUCCUUUCGACAUGGAUACCCCCGUCCUUUGCUGAAGAGGAACACCUUACAAGAGUUGGGAAAUUGGAAGCCUCACAACUUGGAGUGGAAGUAUCCUUUCGCUACCCGAAUUUCAAAGCACCUCGAAAUGUCUGGUCGUCCACAGCCGAGCGCACUGUGGUCUCGGCGGAAUCCUUCAUACGUGGCUAUGAGGCCUCCGACAACAGCAUCAAGCUAGUGCAAAUCUACGAAAGUGAAGAAGGCGGAGCCAAUACUCUGACACCUUACGAUAGCUGUCCGGUCUAUUCUUCGUCAGCCGGCAGCAAACAGUCUCAGCAGUACCUGUCCAGAUGGUCAAAGCCGUACUUGACUCGAUUGAACCAUGUCUUCUCGAGCUUCAAUUUCACUGCCAAUGACCUGGUUGGCAUGAUGGAGCUUUGCGGCUACGAAACCGUCAUUCGAGGGUCAUCUCCUUUUUGUUCGCUGGAUCUGUUUCCCCCCGACGCCUGGCUCAGCUUCGAGUACUCUCAGGACAUUCAGUACUUUUACAAUACUGGCUAUGGACAGCCAGUCAGUGGGUACAUUGGCUUUCCAUGGGUGAACGCCACAAUGUCCCUUCUCGGUUCAGAUGGUGGUCCCAAUCCCCAAGAUAUCUAUGUCAGCUUCACUCACCGAGAGCUCCCGCCCACGGUCCUCGUCGCGAUGGGCCUUUUCAACAAUACCGAGUUCGUUGGAGGUCAUCCGAAUAACAGCAUGCCCCUUGACCGCAUCAAUUACAGUCGGGCGUGGGUGUCGUCUUACAUCUUGCCUUUCCUCACCAACAUCGCCAUCGAGCGGAUGAACUGUUCGGCUAGGUCGGGCACUUAUGGAGAUGCCGGCAGCUCACCGUAUUAUCGAGUAUUGGUGAAUGACUCCCCACAAACAUUGCCCGGCUGCUAUGACGGGCCCAACGAGAGCUGCAGCUCAGAAGGUCUGUCCAGUUGGCUGGCUGAUCGUGCUGCCAUGUUCGGAGGCUACUCAACAGCGUGCAAAACCAGUUCAGAAUACAAGAACUCCACGGAUUUUGUGAGCUUCUACCAGAAUGGCGGAGACGGCAGCUUUGUUGGGUGA